GAAAAAAUGAACCGACUUUACCUCUUGAUCAUCAUCUGUCUGUUGGGAAUGGGCGCUGCAGCGCGGUCUCGCAACAUCCGAAAUGUUGUCGGCGAUACCCUGGACUACAAGGGAUCCCCGAGAUCAAACUGUCCCGCUUCUGCUCACCAGGGAAAUCAGCCUGUCGACAGAGUCGACACGUCCAUUCAACUCAGCCGGUUGAGGCUGGAAAUGACCCGGAUCACGAGCAUCCAAGGACCCGCUCUUGACGGCUACAUUGUUACUUCGGACGAUGCACAUCAGACUGUGACAUCCUUCAAUGAAGGCCGUCUAGGCCCUUCGGAGAGCGAGACUGUCGCGCCGCAUGAUGCAAGAAGAGAAUACAUCACAGGAUUUUUCGGCAGUUUCGGAGAGGCUCUAAUCACUCGAGAUAAAGCUAUUUUCUGGACUGACGGAAGGUAUCACAUACAGGCAGAUAAGCAGCUUAGCUGCGAUUGGACUCUGAUGAAACUUGGCAACGAAAACGUACCUACGUUGUCCCAAUGGCUACUGCACGAGUUUCAAUCCAGAGAGAAUGAAACGCGAAUUGGAGCGGACCCUACUCUAAUCCCAGCAUUCACGUGGGAAAAUUGGCAAUACGACCUGUUGAACACAUCGGUCAAGUUGGUCGCAGUUCACAAUAACUUGAUAAAUGCAAUCUGGCAAACGGAUCGACCGCCGUAUAAUAACGAUCCCGCUACCGUCCUGGAAGAUAAAUACGCGGGUCGACCGUGGCAGGAAAAGAUUCGUGAAGUUAGGAGGGAAAUGGAACUCGUGGGUGCAAACGCUCUGGUCCUAACCGCACUUGACGAAAUUGCCUGGCUAUUCAACAUUCGUGGCAAUGAUAUCCCUUACACCCCAGUUUUACGGUCAUAUGCCCUCAUCACUGACGGUGCUAUCCAUUUGUAUGCUCCUGAACAAAAACUUCACAGAUCUGUUCAUAUACAUCUGAAAACUGACGCUUGCUUUCAUGCCGACUGCGUCAAAGUUCACAAUUAUACGUCUAUCUGGUACGAUCUGAGGACAAUGGCACAGGCUUGGAAGAGUGUUUGGUUACCUGCCCCGUGCGGCUACGCAAGGGGUGCUUCCCAAGAGAUUUUCAUAUCCAUCCCGCAGUCUAUACGCCUGAUAAAACCGUCACCAAUAAUCGCAAUGCGUGCGGUAAAAAAUCCUGUCGAAAUUCAAGGCAUGGAACAAGCUCAUAUUAGGGAUGCAGUCGCAAUGUGCGAAAUCCUUUCCUACAUCGAGCAGCAGCUUCAGCUAGGCACCAAGGGCUGGGACGAACUUCAGGUGUCUAGAUUCGCUAAAGCAGUACGUAUGGAACAGGAAAAUGCUGUGGGUGUAUCCUUCCCUACGAUAGCGGGCUACGGACCUCACGCUGCCUUGCCACACUAUGAACCAGCCGUUGCUACCAGUUUACCACUCGGCACGGAUUCCACCCUGGUAAUUGAUUCCGGUGGCCAAUACCUGGAUGGUACUACGGACGUGACACGAACUGUGCAUUACGGCCAACCGACAAGAGAACAAAAAGAGGCCUACACUCGGGUGCUGAUUGGCUCGAUACAAUUAGCUUCGCUAAUCUUUCCUGCUGAGUUAAGAACAGACCAACUUGAUGUUCUGGUGAGGGAACCUUUGUGGUCAGUUGGUCGCGACUACCAACACGGAACUGGCCAUGGCGUUGGCCAUUAUUUGUCGGUUCACGAACCUCCCAUCAGUGUCUCAUACGAUACAUCAACUGAUGAAUGUGCCCCUCUCAAUCUUCAACCAGGAUAUUUUCUUUCCAAUGAACCUGGGUAUUAUAAGGAGGGUGAAUUCGGUAUCCGAUUAGAAAAUGUUCUGCAGGUUGUUGAAGCCAAUGUGACGCACCAUUCCGGACGAAAAUUUCUCAAGUUCAAAGAUAUCACACUGGUUCCUUACGAGCCAAAUCUCAUCGAUCUGGAAUUAUUGACACCAUCACAUCGGCACUGGUUAAAUGCAUAUAAUAAAAGAAUCAGAAAAGAGGUCGGCACUGAAUUGAAGAAACGCAGAAAAAUAACCAGCUACAAUUGGUUGAUUCUUCGUACUCUACCCAUUCCUGAGGUUGGAUCCGGAUCAAGUUUAUCUGCCCUUCCUCACUACUCGUUCCUUAUUUUUGCAUCAACAGUUACACACGUAUUCCUGGAUGGAAGAGGUCUAUAGUAACAGUGUGCAGCUAACUGAUGAACAUCUUAAAACCCUGUUAUAGAACUUUUCAUUCAUAAAUCUGAAGACUUGACAGCUGUUGAUGCUAUCUGUGUUAGAUAUUACAUGUAGCUCGUAUAUUACAAUAAUAGUAUAAACUGUACACUAAGUCACGUAUUAGUAAUUAGUUUUAGCUAAGGCCCAGUAUUUCAAUAUCAAGGCUUAUCUCUGAUCUCAUUCGAACACCUCAGUUCAAUGAAUUAGAAACAAACUUUGUUUAAAUUGCAUCUAGCAUAGAAUUGAACUUGGUUUAAAACGAGGUUUAAAUUGAAAAUUAACCGGUCCUUGAGAGAUUUUUGUUGAGUAUUCGAGGUUUUUUUAAACCAACUUUCGUAACAUUUUACAGGUAUAUAAAAGUACAGGUGUAAGAAAAGAUUGGCAUUAGAGUCAAAGUGGUUUCACCUUUUUAACCAAUUUACUACGUUGAACUAUACAGGCAAUUGAUUUGAAAAAGAUAAAAAUUGUACAAAAAUUAAUAGACGCUUGAGUACUACACGAAAUAUUUGGUUUCGUGUUAUUUUGAAUGCAACUCAUCCUUCGUAAAAUCACGAGGACU